AUGCGGUUACAGUAUAACCUGAAGGAAAUCAGUGCCACCACUGCUGGAGUACCUGCUAUUCCUGAGCUGUGGGAUUUACCAGAGAAAAACAUGAAGAACUGUGCUGUGUAUUCUUUGCCUUUCCUCAUUUCCUUCAUUCAAGUUUCCCUACAGCAAAGGAUCAUUGGUGGCCAAGAGGUCGAGCCUUAUUCCAUAAAAUACCAGGCAUCGCUUCAGUACAACAACCAGCACUACUGUGGAGGAACUCUUAUUCAGAAACAGUGGGUGGUGUCUGCUGCACACUGCUGGAAACCAAACUAUUUGAUCAAAGUAGUGUUGAGUGAGCAUGAUCUCUACAAGAACGAGGGAGUGGAACAGGUGUAUAAUGUCUCCAAAACCCUGGUCUACUAUCUGUACAACUACAGGACGUUUGAUAACGACAUCAUGCUCCUGAAGCUUGAAAAGCCAGCUUACGUGAAUGCCAACGUGCAGCCGGUUCAGCUACCAAGCACAGACACGCCACCACUCAACGAGGCCAUGAUGUGUGUGGUGAGUGGCUGGGGGGUCACACAGGUCUACAGCUAUAACCUGUCCCCGGUACUACGUGCUGUAGAUGUCCAGAUCAUCCCCAGCUGCCAGAACUAUUAUUACUACAGGAUCACAGACAACAUGGUGUGUGCUGGCUCUCCAUUCGGGGGAAAAGACUCGUGCCAGGGCGACUCUGGUGGACCUCUUAUAUGUAACGGAUACUUCGAAGGCAUUGUGUCCUGGGGCACCGGUUGCGCCAAUCCAUUUUUCCCUGGUGUCUACACCAAAGUUCGUAAUUACAUUCGUUGGAUCAGCUGGAUCAUCGACACUAACAGUGACUAGACUGUUUUUUUUUUUCUUUUUUGCAGCUUCUACAAGAAGAAGUGACGUAUCA